UCACUCACCAGAGUAGAGGGAAGAAUACUAUUAAGGUUGGUGAGUCUAAACUUCACUAUUGCAAAGGAAAAUUACUUUUUUGGGUAUAUAUUAUCACUCCAGUACAUUGAUAUUACUGAGCAUUUGUCAUUGCAUCACCAACAUCUUAUGUACAAAGGUAGCAGUUCAGCAGAGUUACAAGAGUCUAAGAGCUACAGCUAACCUGUAUAGCUGUUCUGGAGUUAAGAGAGGCCAGACACAGAUGUCAUGGCAGACAAUGAGAAUGCAUUGCGGGCCAUGCAGAACUGUUUCCACAGUCAGUUUAGUGUGGAUGAGGCUGAGUACGAGGACAUUGAGGAAAACAGGAGGACAUCUGUUGAGGAAGACAGUAUCUAUCUUGGCUGCACACUGUCACAAUCCUUCAACCCUGAUAUUCACCACUCACCUGUUAUCAAGAUGGGCUGGCUGCACAAGACUCCGCCUCAGGGGACCCUUGUUUUCCAGAAGCGUUGGGUGAUGUUGGAUGCACAGUACCUUCGAUACUUUCAAAAUGAGAAGGAGGUCUACUCAAAGCGGAUCAUAGCCAUACUGUCUGUCACUAAAGUGCUUAAUGUUGGAGGACAGAAGUUUGAGGUGGUGACAAGGAACAGGACUUUCUUGUUCCGUGCCGAGAACAACACCGUCAGGGAGGAAUGGGUGUCAGUACUGAAAGAGACUAUUCAGCAGCAUUGUAACAGCAUGGAGAAGUCCCUUAUGAACUCCAGUGAUACGUGUGGACAGCGUGCUAGUAGAGUCUCGCUCAUUAGUAAGCAAGGAUACCUGGAGAUGAGUGGACUGCGCUCCAAGCUCUAUGUAGUCAUCUGUGCCGACAGUGUUUUCCUCUGUAGGAACGCUGAGGAGCACAGCCAGGGUGUUGGCAUCACCUCCAUUGAGAUGAAUUUGGGUGCUGUGAAGGGCACAGACAAACGGUCCUUCAACCUCACCACCAUCUACAGGACAUUCAGUUUUGUGGCCGAGUCGGAACAGCAGAGGGAGCAGUGGGUUGAGGCCCUGCAGGCCUGUGUCAGUCACUCUCUGUCCAGCAACGCGGUGGCCCAGAAGAUCUGGUCUGAGGAGGCCAACCAGCGCUGUGCAGAUUGUGGCGCCCCCCACCCAGACUGGGCCUCUGUCAACCUGUGUGUGGUCCUCUGCAAAUGCUGUGCAGGGGUGCACAGGGGCCUGGGCCAGAGUGUGUCCAAAGUCCGCAGUCUGAAGAUGGAUGAAAAUGCGUGGACUGAAAAUCAGCUGUUCCUGUUGCUAGGUAACGACAAAGUAAACCUUUUCUGGGCAGCUAACAUUCCACCAAGUGAGAUGCUCUGUCCAUCAAGUGACAGUGAGGAGCGCCAGCGCUUUGUUACUGCCAAGUACUGCCAGGGGAAAUACCGCUGCUACCAUGCACUGUUUGGCCAACAGGAAGCCCUCAACAAGGCUCUGUGCAACACCAUUCAGACAGGUGAUGUAUUGGAGACUCUGUCGCUGGUGUUCUGUGGAGCAGAUGUGAACUGUUAUACAGGUGAUCCAGAGCUGCCCAGCCCUGUGUCCGUGGCCCAGCACUAUGGACAGACACUUCAGGUGGAGUUCCUCACUCACAACCACAACACAGAGCUCCCAGGGUCAAGGGCUGGAGAUCACACAAUCUUAGAGGCUGCUCUCCCCAUCUCACACACUGGUUAUCUGUUCAAGACUGCCUCCUCAACACGAGCAGUUACAGAGCGCAAAUCUAAAGGAGAUUUUAGUCGUCGCUGGUGCUCAUUGAACCAAGGUAACUUCAGCUACUAUGAGAGUGAGAAGAGCUCCAGCCAGAGUGGACAGAUGAAGAUGAGUGAUGUCCUUUGUCUGGUGGUCAAUCCCCAAGGGAAACAUGGUUAUGGUCAUUCCUUUGAGCUGUACCAUGACUCUGGGAGAGUCUACCUGUUUGGAGAGGAUUCCCCUGACACGGUGAGGGAGUGGAUCAAGGUCAUUGGCAAGGCCCUGGUCCCCCCUGUAGCAGAGGACCUGGUGGGCUGGUCCUUUGAGCGGGUGGGCCGGCUGCGCUACACUGCGGGCCAGAGCUUCCAUUGUCCUUGCCUGGGCUGGUUCUCCCUGGGGGGCUCCAGACUGCUCCUCCUCCUCCACGGAGAAGACCAAGUGGAUAAUAUCGACCUGCGAAAACUACAGGAGCUCUCCAUGGAGCAAGAAGCUGCUGCUGUGGUGCUGGUGGACAGAGGCAGGAGGCUGCGCUUGGAGGGGGACAGGAGGCCUGACUACCAGGGCUGGCUGAGUGGCAUCCAGCAGGGCUUAGGGAGAGGAGACGGCCCCCUGGACCAGCAGCAGCUUACUGAGACAGAAGUCCCUGUCAUCGUGGACCGCUGCAUUAGCUACAUCACACAGCAUGGUUUGAAGUCAGAGGGCAUCUAUCGGAGAUGUGGUGUGAACUCUAAGAUCGCCGCCCUGCUGCUAUCUCUCCGCCAUGACGCCCGUCAGGUUCGUCUGAGUGAAGGGGUGUGCCAGGUGGAUAAUGUGGCCAACGUCCUGAAGAGAUUCCUCAGGGAAGUGGGAGAGGGGGUUUUCAAUGGCCAUCAGGCCUCUCUGCCAUGGCUCCAUACCACUACUGUCAGUGAAAGAGAGAGAGUGUCCCAGUACAAGGCCCUCCUCCACAGCCUCCCCCCAGUCAACAGAGCCACUCUGGGGGCUGUCAUCAACCACCUCUACUGCGUUCAGUGCUUUGCAGAUGAGAAUCAGAUGAACAUGCACAACCUGGCCAUUGUGUUUGGUCCCACGCUCUUCCAGACGGACGGCACUGAUAACAGCGCAGGACAGGUGGUAGAGGAGCUCAUCCAGAACUACCAGGAUAUCUUCAAUGUGAAUGCUGAGCAGCUUCAGAGGCAGCUGGACAUGAUCUCUCAUGUCAUCAAAGCACAGGAGGAACACGCUGAGGAGGGGACCCCCUCACCUCUCACCAUCUGUGGGAUUUACCUGGAGAGGAAGGAGGAGGGCUCUGAGCUGCUGGUUCAGAUCUCCCAGGCAGUGAGUGCUGAGGAGCUAGUGUGUGAGGUCCUGAGACGCGGGAACAUCCCUCCACAGCAGGGGGACUAUUGGAGCUGCUUCCUGGUCAACGACAACCAGGAGAUGGAGCGUCCAUUGCACUACCAGGAACGAGCGCUGGCCAUCUAUUUCUCUCUGGGUAAAGACUGUCACCUGGUGGUCAAGCGGAACUGCUACAUGGAGGCCAUGUUAAUCUACAUAGCUGCCAUGGUAGACGUGUCCAGAAACAGCAUGAUUAAGUUCAGUGAUGAGAAGGGUCAAAGGGGGAAGAGAACCUUCAGCAGACGCCUCUGUGUACUCGAUGGCACCUCUCUCAGGCUCUACAAAGAAGUAAAGAGUACUCAGCCUGAGAGGGAAUGUCAAGUCCAUGCUCUGAAAGUCUACUAUGGCAUCAAGAAGAGGCUACAGCCACCAUCAUGCUGGGGGAUGACUGUAGUGUGUGAGCAGGCAGAACGAGACAAACAGCAGUGGUACCUGUGCUGUGAAUCAAAGAACGAAUUGAUCAAGUGGCUGGCCACUUUUAUGAACCUCCAGGUAGUGUCCUUUUGUGUGACUGAAACAUAUUCUACUUUCCUCAGCUCUUUAUUUGAUUUCUUUUUUUCAUUUUCUUUUUUCAUAUAGCACAAUAGUGACCUGUGUCCUGCAGCUUCCAGGCCAGAUUCCUGAUCUAAGGCAGAAGGGGAAAUAACCUAAUCCUGGUUUUCCAUCACAGAAGUAUCUUCCAGACACAUUUUCGCAUCUUAAAUUCUUCUCAAAAAUAUUUUUCAACAAGUUAUUUGAAGUUAAUAACCACAAAUAAUGUCUUUCUCUGUUAUAAUGGUUGAUUUGACCCUAUUUCUAACCCACAGCUACAGUAUAGCCCUCACCCACACUCAUUAUACCUAGCAAGAGCAGAGACGGUUUCAUUCUACAGUAUAGCCCUCGCCCUCACCCACACCCAUUAUACCCAACAAGAGCAGAGACGGUUUCAUUCUACAGUAUAGCCCUCUCCCUCACCCACACUCAUUAUACCUAGCAAGAGCAGAGAAGGUUUCAUUCUACAGUAUAGCCCUCUCCCUCACCCACACCCAUUAUACCCAACAAGAGCAGAGACAGUUUCAUUCUACAGUAUAUUGAAAUGAAAACAUACAGACCUGAAGGUAAUAGUAGGGGAAGCAGUAUAGAACUACACUACAACAACAAACUCAAACAAAAAUAUUAGAGGCACGUGAGAAAAAUAAUCUAAAUGUCAUGUUGACUUUGAAGCUCCUUUGAUUGGGACAUAAUGACAAGGUUGGAGAGCUGCAGUCGUAAAACCAUCUAAGUUUAGACACCGAGCAUUCUGUUCAUGUCAUUAUGGUAACAGUGGUGGUCACUAAUUAUUGGAGAGCAGGAUUUCAACCCUGUCAUUACUCAAGACCACAGCUUGUUGCAUUACAGUGAUGUGCAAGUUUAUCACUUUUAUUAAUGGACUAAUCCUUUAACAGUACCUUAACAUAAAAAUUCAUCUGAGGGAAGGUUAGCUAGACACCGCCCUUAGAGCAGGGAAAGAAGACUGAUCUUGUUGCUGUUGUCCAGUGCCUGGCUGGUCAAAGCCCAAGAGGUUUCUCUCUCUCUCUAGGCUGAUUAUGAAUUGGUAUCUGAAAACCUUAUUGUGAUUAAGCAAUGUUGAUAUCAUUGUAUGUCAUUCAACAUUUAAACUGUGUCUUUUGAAUACAAUGUGUAUAGUUUUUAUAUUUCUUAAAAUCAUUAUCCUACCAUUCCUUUGAUGUCUGAAGUCAGGAUGCUUUGGCACUUCAAACCUGCUCGACUUGUUUGGUUGAUUUUUCUAUUGUGUUAUUGACUGUACGUUUGUUUAUUCCAUGGGUAACUCUGUGUUGUUUUUGUCGCACUGAUUUGCUUUAUCUUGGCCAGGUUGCAAUUGUAAAUGAGAACUUGUUCUCAACUGGCCUACCUGGUGAAAUAAUAAAAAGCCAAAGCAUUGACGAUUUAAUAUAUCCAGUCCUACUGUAGAAGAUGCUCAGAAAUAAAAGGGCUGUCAGUUUUUGAGGAUUUCUCCUUCAGAGCUGUAUCACCAUAGAAACACAAAAUUAGAUUAUUGGCACACCCGAGAUCUCUGUUGGCAAAUAGUUUGUUUUAGCCUUUGAUAUGUCUAUGUGUGGAAAUAUGGCUUGCCUAAAACACUGUACUAGAUAGUCAUUAUAAUAUUAUUCUCUUAGGUUAUAUGUUAAUGUACCUUAAAGGGUUUAAGACUGGAUCUCUGGCAUGUUGCUACAGCACAUUAACCCCCCCCCCACCACCACCAUUCUCAAUCGCCCAUAAAGUUUUAUUGGUGCUCUUGUGGGGCUAAGUGCCUCUCGCUCAGUAAAAGGGCUUUCUAAUAUCCUUUUAUUUUUCAGCUGUAUGUCGUUAGACAUGAGGGUGUGUGGGUAAUGGCUUUACAUUAGGAACUCAGGGCUGGUGAAGUGGCUCAGUCACCCCUGGUAACAACCAUGCACUCCCAUUCACCCCCAGUUCUUACAUCACCACCCCCAUUAAGCUUCAACGUUACCAUAACCUGCACAUACUUGACACACAAAUGCUACGUUCAUUAUGGAAUCUUAGAUUUUAGAGCAACUUUUCUCACUUCCUCAUCCUGCAGACAUGUAGAUCUUGCUGACUGGUCUGUCAUUUAAUUACCUGACAUUGAUUUAAAAAUGUCUAUGUUUAAUAGAAGCGCCGCAUGCCAAUUGCAGGUCCAAAAUGUUUCAGAAUAACUUUUUCAGUGGUCAUUCAUGGGGCUAGAUUAGAAACCAAAGAAGGAAUAUAUCUCUCUGGUGGUGUUCUGGUGUCAUGAAUCUUUAAAGGCUAUCUGAAGGACAAAAUACGAGUGAGGUGUUUAUCUAAUGGCAUGCUAACCAUUUCCGUUACAAUACUGACAUAUUCCACUCAGUUUCCACUCAUAACAACGUACUGUCCAGAAUAGAGAGACAGUUAAAUGUAAUACCGGUAGAUGAAGAAAAACAUUUAUAAAAUGUUUUCUUAGCUUUAAUAAUUUGUAUUGUUUGUCUAAAUCUCAUGUUUGGUCAUGUCAAUAAAUUGCUUAUUGCUCAAGUGAA